CUCCUCGUUCUAUAUAUACUGUGCCCCCAUCGCUUUCCAGCCACCACACCUCCUCAUUUCGAAUGCUAUAGCACAUUAACCGCUUCAACAAUCUUGCAGUUUUCAUCCCGAGAUUUGGUUGAUGGACUGCGGUGGAGGGUCGCCGCUCUAUUACAGCGUUCUCGGCGUCGCUACGGACGCUUCCGACGAAGAAAUUCGACGCGCUUAUCGUAAACUCGCUAUGCAAUGGCAUCCGGAUAAAUGGAGUAGAACCCCUUCUCUUCUUGGUGAGGCCAAGCAGAAAUUUCAGCAAAUUCAGGAGGCUUAUUCAGUGUUGUCAGAUAGGAGUAAGAGGAUGUUGUAUGACGCAGGGCUGUAUAGCUGUGAAGACGAUGAAGAUGAGGUCGAGGGAUUUGCUGAUUUUGUCGGUGAGAUGGUGUCUCUCAUGAAUGAUGCCAGGAAAGAGGACAAGAGUUACAGCAUUGGUGAAGUACAGAGCAUGUUUUGGGAGAUGGCACAAGAUUUUUACAUGCCCAAUUGGGAUGGCUUGGCGCAGCAACAAGAUGUUUAUGAUUCGCAGUGGCUUUGUGGGCAGCCGAAUCUAUAUGAAUCCGGAAAUGUGCCGAGCAGUUGGUGGGAAGGAAGCAUGAUGCAGCAGCAGCAGGGGAAUCCACAAUUCAACAGUUUUGGAACACACAACAUGUGCAUAUGAAGAGAUCAUAAGGGAUUCAGUUUUGUUGUGUAUUAGCUUAGUGUUUAGACAUUGUGGUAUAGGAUUAGAGAGGACUUGGAUUUGGACAUCAGUUUUUGUAUAUGUACCAAGGAAGAUCUACUUCUGGUA